AUGGCCUCGUCAAUGCUGCAUUAUUUUGGUUUCGGGGCCAACACCAAGCCCUCAGAUGGCCCACCAGUCAAAGAAGAACCAGUCCGCGCAUUGCCAGCGUCAUGGUACAGUGACGAAAACUUUUACAAUCUUGAGCGACGAGCCAUCUUCUCUCGAAGAUGGUUGUUCAUGACACACCAAUCACGCCUCAAGGGUCCAGGAGACUGGCUUCGCUACAAUGUUGCUGGCUAUGACUUGAUCAUAAUCCGUGACCGUGCUGGCAACAUCAACGCAUUCCACAACGUGUGUCGGCACCGCGCCUACCCAGUCGUUGAGAAAGAAGGGCAGGGCACAGCCAUGAUAUUGGCGUGCAGAUACCAUGGCUGGUCCUAUGGAUUGAACGGAAAACUUGCCAAAGCUACUGGAUUCAAGGACAUGGACAAGUAUGAGAAGGAGCAGAACGGCUUGUUCCGGAUCCAUACCAAGAUUGAUACCAAUGGAUUCAUAUGGAUCAAUAUGGAUUCAAAUGAGGAGCCAGAAGUGCCCUGGGAAGAGCAUUUCAAGGAUGUCGACAUUCAAGAGAGAUACAAGGAGAUGAACUUCGAUGACUACGAUUUGGACCACACAUACGAGCUGAAAGGCGAUUUCAACUGGAAGGCGCUUUCGGACAACUUCAACGAGUGCUAUCACUGUCCAACCACACAUGCCGAUAUUCCCACCUUCCUCAACCUCGAUUCCUUCGACAGCGAUCUAAAGGAUGGUCAUAUUCAACAUCAUUGCGAGUACACCCCGGAGCAGCUCAAAAAGGGCCUGAACGCCUUGAGCACCUAUUACUUCCCUAAUACUUCGAUGACUAUUUCGCCGCACUUCAUGAUGAUUCAAAAAUUCCUGCCUUCUGGGGCGAAGUCUUCAUCUAUGCAUUACGAGAUUUACCGCAACAGAAACUCCUCCCAAGAGGACUUCGAACUCAUCAGCAAGACAUAUGCUAAGGUGAUGUCCGAAGACAAAGUGCUGUGCAAUAAUGCGCAGAAGAAUAUCAACACCGGCGUUUACGUAACUGGCCAACUGCAUCCGAAGCACGAGAAAGCACCAAUCUUCAUUCAAGGUCUUGUCCGCGAAGCAGUCAGUGAGCACUUCAAACGGGAGAGGAUGGAAGGCCGGGAGAUUUGGCCUGCAAGACAGCAACUGCCGGCGAACGCAAAAGUGAGCAUGGAAGAUGUUGAGAUUUGUCAGGGCAUUGCGUGUGGAGCACAGAAUGAAGAGCUUCUAGCAUGGUGA